AUGACGUUUUGUGCUCCUUCCACUUACAAUAACUUAUCUCCUCUGGCUCUGGCUCCGACUCCGAUGGAGAGUACUGGUUUCCUUUCAGAUGUCAUCAAUUUUUGCUCCAAUAAUACGAGGCAUGUUGUAGCGGCAAACAAUGGCAGAGUCAGCCAAUCAUCAAAAACGAGGAUAAUUUGGACAAUUGACGAGCACAAGUUAUUUCUAGUAGGAAUGGCGAUAUUUGGCUCGGGUAAUUGGAAAAGCAUCGCAAAUAAAGUCGUGCUUACAAAAACACACAUCCAAGUAGCUAGUCACGCUCAAAAGUUUUCCACUCGCCAACAAAUACCGAAAGAACAGAGAAAAAGAAAGAGUAUUCAUGAUAUCGAUACGGUCGAUCCCGAAUUAUUGUCGGAGGUGUAUGCUCGUUUAGAAUCACAACCAGAAACACGAACACGAUCACGACCACCACCACCACCACCACCGCCACGGCCAUUGUUGACAAACUAUUCCCCGUCGCGCAUGGAUCCAAAUCCGACCCAACCGUACGAGUAUUUCAAUAAUUACGUGCCCAAUGUUGAACAGCUGCCACCGCAGCCAUAUUUUGUGCAUAACCAAAACAUUAUCCACUAA